CCUGGCUUGUAGCACAUAAUGAAAAUCAAAUCUCUUUCCAGAUCUGCUGCAACACUGCAGGAGCCAGGUUCGAAUACCUCCAAGCUCCCUCGAAACCUUGAUCCCGCACAACAUCCUUUUGAGAGGGCGCGGGAAUAUACAAGGGCCCUCAAUGCCACAAAGCUCGAGCGCAUGUUUGCUGCACCUUUUGUGGCUCAGCUAGGCAAUGGGCAUGUCGAUGGCGUAUAUUGUUUGGCAAAGGAUCCAGUGUCGCUAGAACGGUUGGCCAGCGGAAGUGGUGAUGGAGUUGUCAAGGUCUGGGACCUGGCUACACGGGAUGAGAUAUGGCAUGCUCCAGCACACGAAAAUAUCGUCAAGGGCAUGUGCUGGACGUCAGAUAGAAAACUGCUUUCAUGCGCAGCUGACAAAACAAUAAAACUAUUCGACCCCUACGGUUCAGCAUCUGAGACCCCUCCGCUCGCAACGUAUUUUGGACAAUCGGCAUUCACCGGUGUUUCUCAUCAUGAAAGCCACCCCUCAUUUGCCGCAUCUUCGUCCGUAAUAUCCGUGUACGAUUUAUCUCGACCGUCCUCCACUCCCGCUCAGACCCUCCACUGGCCUACGAGCACCGACACAAUCACCUCCCUCGCCUUCAACCGGACAGAAACAUCCAUUCUCGGCUCCACAGCCACUGACCGGUCGAUCGUAUUGUAUGAUCUCCGCACGUCAUCCCCAGUUACGAAAGUGAUCCUCACUCUUGCAUCAAAUGCCAUAUCCUGGAACCCGAUGGAAGCGUUCAAUUUUGCCGUUGCAAAUGAAGACCAUAACAUAUAUAUAUUUGAUAUGAGGAAAUUGGACCGCGUACUGAACGUGCUGAAAGACCAUGUUGCGGCUGUCAUGGAUGUCGAGUUUAGCCCGACGGGAGAAGGCUUAGUUAGUGCUUCAUACGACCGCACUGUACGAUUAUGGGACCGGAGCAAGGGGCAUUCGAGGGAUAUAUACCAUACGAAACGGAUGCAAAGAGUAUUCUCCGCAAAAUUCACACCAGAUAACAAGUACAUCCUCUCCGGCUCGGACGACGGCAACAUCCGUCUCUGGCGCGCAGAGGCAUCUUCGCGGAGCGGCAUCAAAACUGCACGGGAGAGACAGAAACUUGCGUAUGACGAGGCGCUUAAGCAGCGGUAUGCGCAUAUGCCUGAGAUACGCCGCAUCACGCGCCACCGCCACCUCCCCAAAGCUAUAAAGAAGGCUGGCGAGAUUAAAGCUGAAGAGAUUGCUGCAAUUAAGCGGAGAGAGGAGAAUCUACGCAAGCAUACUAAGAAGAAGGGCACGAUGCCGAGGCAAAGCGAGAGAGAGAAGAUGAUUUUGGCUAAGGAACAAUAA